AAGUCUCUCGAACUGAAAAGAGUGACUGAACUGCCGUUGAAUAAUCUAACGGGCAAGGAAAAAGUACUUGGAAUGAAAACGCAUUAAAAAAUAGCGUUUCAACGUGACGAACUUCAUAGAACCUGGAGGCAGGAUACGUUAUUACUUUUAUAAUAAUAUUGUGAUAAAACUGAAUUUGGAACAAUAUCAAUCAUUAGUAGCAUCAGGAGCUAUGGAUUAUGAUUAUUUGAUCAAAUUUCUUGCUCUCGGCGAUUCUGGAGUUGGAAAAACAAGCUUUCUCUACCAAUACACAGAUGGUAGCUUUAAUUCGAGAUUUAUUUCUACAGUGGGAAUUGAUUUUCGAGAAAAACGAGUGAUAUAUCAGACAACAAAUGGAAGAAGCCAGAGGGUACAUCUGCAGCUUUGGGAUACAGCUGGUCAAGAAAGGUUCAGAAGUCUAACUACUGCAUUUUAUCGGGAUUCUAUGGGUUUUCUUCUACUGUUUGAUUUGACAAAUGAGCAAUCGUUUCUGGAAGUGAGAAACUGGCUGGAUCAGCUCAAGACCCACGCUUAUUGCGAAGAUCCUGACAUAAUACUGUGUGGGAACAAAGCCGAUUUGGAGCACAGACGGGUCAUUAGCGAGCAGAAGGCUCGAGAGCUUGCUGAAAAAAAUGGGUUGGUGUACCUGGAGACGAGCGCUGCUACUGGGCAGAAUAUCGCUCGGGCAGUCGAGGUACUGUUGGAUCGAGUGAUGCGCCGAAUGGAAGCAACGGUAGAUAGAUCGCUGUUGCCUCACCAGCGGGUUUUGAGAUGUCACGAGCAGGACACACCGCCUCCCAAGACUUCUUGCUAUUGCUGACAUUGUCAUUUCACGUAGUGAGCGAUUCCGAAAUAACUGCUCCUACGUUUACAACAAAUAGAGCGAGGGGGAAGAUGGAAAGGAAGGAAAUACUAUGAAAGCUGGGAGAAGAAAGAUGAUGAUGAAGAGAAAAUAAAAUGAGGGGCGGGGCGCUUUAGAUUUUCAAAUUGUCCCCUCGUUGGAACGGGGUCUUCCUAAAAACCGUCAAAUCGCGGACAAUCGCAUUUACGGUAAGAUGUAGAAAUUUCAUUUAAUCAAUUCGGACACAAGUACCAUUUUCAUCGCGAAAUAUCCUAGCGUUUUUGAUAUUAUAUUACCCCUCGAGGUAAUUCUUGUGCGAAGACGUCAAAACGUGUUGUGAAUUGUGAUUAGUCAAUUUGAUUACCACAACUUGUCGCCAUGACCCUUGGUUGUAUGCGAAAGACCCAAAAAAAUAACCGAAAAAAACGCUGCCAUUCUCUCUCUCUCUCUCUCUCUGUCGGAGAAUCAUUCACGCGAUGUGUUAAUGCGAGCUCUCAAUGUCUUCCAUGAAUAUGAUAAACCACACGCGUUGUUUAAAGAAAGAUCUGAUUUUUGCAAUCUCAUUGUUACAUGCUUCACUGUUAUUCUCGUCGAGUUUUCAUGCAAUUUUGUACAGAACAUUACUGAAUCAAAACUGGACCACUGCUGCGAUGGAUUUUUCCACCGGAGUGCGAAAAAAAAUUAAUAGAAAACGAAAUAUUAACUGAUUGGUUAAUUGGACGUCGCGCUAGGCGAGCUCCGUUUCCAUUUGUACUUUUUUAUCUUCGAAUCUGUUAAUUCAAAAUUCGUUAUAUUUAAAGAAAAUUCGAAUAGUCGAUUAACAAUGUAUCUGUAUCGGCAAAAUGCCGGUAACUCGAAGAGCUUGAUUCAAAAUAUCGUUUUUAAAAACAUAAAAUUUAGUGUUUUUAUAUUAAAUGUUGAAAGAUAAACGAAUUUAAAGGUGUUAUUUUGCUUCCAUAAUCGAUCGCAGCUUUCCAGUGCAUAAAUUAUAUAUUUGCAAAGUUAUUCGACAAUCGGAGACUUGUUGACGUCAUCAUUUUAAAUGCAGCAUGAUAACUCUGCAUGUUUAUUCUCUGUUAUCACACAAUGCAAUGUACGAAUAAACUGUUUUUAUAAAUCGCCAUGUUCUCGAAAAUCUCCAAAGAACAUUCAUACAGCAUUCAUCGAUGAGACGUCGCGUUGAAGAUCUUCCUGUGAAGCAUUUUAUCUCAGAGUUUAUAUCAAUUUGCAGACUAUUAUCGUCCCUCAGGAAUCCGUAAUCCUAUUAAAGACAAUUUUCUUUCUCCAUAAGAUAUUUGAAAGCCAAUUUCUGAUAUAACGUUGCACGAUCUAGUUGGAGGCUACUUUGAGACGACUAUGAUGAAUCGGCACUACUAUAGCAGCGUGACUCGAUUCUCGAUUAUUUGUGAUGAAUGGAAAAGUAUGGAAAUAGAGUUGUAAAUGGGCGGAUUUGAAACCGCAUUGAGUUUUACCUGAAUGAAAAGCUCCUUUGAUGACGUUAAAAUAUUGAGAUAAACCAACGUGAAAAGGAUCUGGAAUCAUGAAUAUUCGAUUGGGAUUCUCGAGAAUGGGGGUAUUUAUGGAAGUACUUUAAUUAUCGAUAAAGCUGUUUUGAAUGUAAAUAUUUCCGAAUGGAGUUGUUUAAGAUCCGAUGAAGAAUCAUGCCUAGAGCAUGACACUGAAGUUUGCAACGUUGGAGCCCAACGAAAUGAUACAAAAAAGCCCUCUAAUAAUUCCAGUGAUUCUCCAAUUUCGUUCCCUGCCGGAUUUGCAAUUUGUAGUUUUUCAAGCUGCACCGACACUUCGUGAAGUCAAAAAUCGGUGAAUUACAAAUGUUUCUUUCCUUCAUUUCGUUGGACUCCAACGCUGCAAACUUCAGCGUCGUACCUAGAGCUUACGUGCUGCUGUUCUCAAACACGUUGUUGUAUCGUGUAUUAAAUAUAUGUCGAUGUUUGUUCCGAUGGUAUGCCAUGCGACAGGAGAAGUGCAAUAUAAACUGAUAUUUUUACGAUAAUCUAAAAAGAAUGAAAUAACGCACCGAACUGUUUCGAGCACAGAAUAUCACUUAUGUCUCGCCAUCAUGAGUGUGAUAUAUAAAUAUCGUAUUGUACGAACAUUCCGUUUAAUAUUAUUACAAUUAGUAUCUAAGAUUAUUACACUUAUUGCUAUACAAGUAUUUUUGAUGCGAUAUAAAUUUGGAGGAGAUUAAAACGUAUGUUACACGAUAUGAUAUUGGAAAUUUCUCAACGCACCUAUUUUGCCGAUUUAUAGUUUUGGACUGUAUUAUUGAAUAGUGUUGAUUUUCAAAGAAAAUAUUGAAAAGUUCAGAAUGAAAAAGUGCUCAUUCAAUUUUUAUUUCGACAAGAUGACAGACCAAUGGAAAUUGAACAUUUUUCGUUUGUUCAUUUGCUUCGAUUUAUCGUAACAUUUUGUUUUCCAUUUAGCGAUGUAAAAUUUUGGUGCCAAACAAUAUCCGAACCGGUUCCCGAAUCCCCCGAAUUAAAAAUUCGUUUUUAUGAUUACGAACUAAACUGUUUUCUCGUAUACGAACCUUCGGCCAGUUUACCUAUCGAGUGACGUUUUCGGGUUGCUUUUUUUAGAUUUUAUUUCACACCGAAAUUCUCAAAGAAUCGGAAAUGUUACAGUCGAUAAAAGUUUCAUGAUGUUGAGUAGUUUCAAACCAUUUAUGAACCAGCUCAGCAUUAUUGCAAUAAGAAUCGAAAGGGGUUGGUUAGUCCCUCGACGAAAUAAUGGAUUUUUUCGAGUACCAGUGAUCGACAGAAUUUCAUCGAAACUUUGAGAGUCAUAAGGGUUAUGCCAAACAUGUUAUGUAUUUAAUAAGUUGAAAAUAUUUAUUGAAUAAAAAUUGUCUGUUCGACA